GGGCACUGCAACCUUAUUGACUGUUUUGAGAGGAGACUGAUUUCAACACUCUUCAUUUAUAGCCAGCAGGACACACAAUAGAAAAACCUCGUCGGUGAAUUUUUUAUUAAUGUUUGCAGUCUUUAGCUGGUCCAAAAUGAUGUAUUAUUGUAUAACUAUCAGUAACAAAGUAUUUUAAAAAACAAAUAUUCAUUGUCACUGGACCAAUAGCUAGCAGCUUAUGCUAACUAGCUAGCUUCACGGCUUAGCUAGGUCGGUGAGCCUAGUUACUAAAAUACCAAAACAUUGUUUUGAGUGAGUUUGUUUUAAAUUGAGCUAUUUGAUACUGAUAACUAGCUAGAUUAAACAGAUACUGCUCGAUUUCAAAACAAAUCCAUCGACUUGAAUCAAAAGAGAGGUUAGCUAUCUAGCCAUUGUGCGCAUCGGGAAAUCGCAACAAAGAAAACGUUUUUUGUUUUGCUGGAUCAGCUGGCAAGCUAGCUGUGUUGUAAACGACGACGUUCUCCGACAAACGUUAGCAAGAUUAACUAGUUGGCUAUUUUACCAUGGCGCAACAUGGUCCUGUUCACGUAGCAAGUUCACAAAAAGCAUUAAUGCUAGAAAUGAAGAGCCUUCAAGAGGAGCCAGUCGAGGGCUUCAAAAUAACACUGGUAGAUGAAGCAGAUCUCUACAAUUGGGAAGUGGCCAUUUUUGGACCUCCUAACACUCACUAUGAAGGGGGCUAUUUCAAGGUAAGGCCGACGCAUAACUAACUAAAUUCACUUGUUUUGCUAACUUUUCUAGUUUGUUUUGUUAGCUAGCUAGCCAACAUGCGCUAUGGUCAACUACAUGGUUGGCUUCCGUUAGUAGGAGGCCCGUGAAAAACGUAACAUCGUAUCUACUUUCUAUUGAUGUACUUCCAGCCUGCAGUGACAAGCAGUACACUGUCAAACCUAUUUCUGGAUUAGGCUGUUGUUGUUCUCGAAUAUGUUCUACUCAACUGGGUUGCGACAUCAGGAUUACCAUUGAAUCGGGUUAGAUAGUUAGGUCGCACAGACGCAUGUUAGGACGUGUUGCUGACAUAUGUUGAUAUAUGACUGUUUUUCUCCAUGUGUCCCACAGGCUCGUAUCAAGUUCCCCAUUGACUACCCCUACUCACCACCUGCCUUCCGUUUCCUCACCAAGAUGUGGCACCCCAACAUAUAUGAGGUAAGGGAUCACUGACCCAAUUCUAGCAAAAUACAGUCAAACUAAAUGUAAUUCAUUUUCAAACAAAUGUUGUGGUCCUAAUCUCAAUUUCUCUCCAUCUCUGUAUGUGGCUUAAUCCUAGUCACACCUGUAAUUUGCGACCAUAAAUACAUUGUGUAUGUUAAUUUUUACUUUUCCCUUGUGUUAGAAUGGGGAUGUGUGUAUAUCCAUUCUGCACCCUCCAGUUGAUGACCCUCAGAGUGGGGAGCUGCCAUCUGAGAGGUGGAACCCUACCCAGAACGUCAGGUACACGCCCUCUCAGCAUGUUAUCCCAACCCCCUUCUCUCUCUCUCCCCAUCUCCCCUUCUCUCUCCCCCAUCUCCCCUUCUCUCUCCCCCCAUCUCCCCCUUUCUCUCCCCCCCAUCUCCCCUUCUCUCCCGCCCUCAUCCUUCACCCCCCCAUCUCCCUUCUCUCUCCCCCAGCCCCUUCUCGCUCCUCCCCCCAAACCCUUCUCCUCUCUCCCCUUCUCCUCCCAUCUCCCCCUUCUCUCUCUCGCUCCCCCUCCCCCUCUUCCCACCAUCUCUAUCUCAUCUCACUCUCUCUCUCCCCUCCCGCUCCCCAUUCCCCUCUCUCCUCUCUCCCAUCGCCCCUUCCAUCUCUCUCUCUCCCAUCUCCCUUCUCUCUCUCUCGCUCCCCCAUCUCCCCUUCUCCUUCUCAUCGCUCCCACAUCUCCCCUUCUCUCUCUCCUCCCCCAGCUGCCCCACUCCCCUUUUCUCCGCUCCACCCAUCUCCCCUUCUCUCUCUCUCUCGCAUCUCCCUUCUCUCCGUCUCUCGCCCCCCAUCUCUCCUCUGCUGCUCCACUCCCCUUUCUAUUAGCUCUCCCCCUCAUCUCUCAUCACCCCCAUCUAUGUCUCCCUCCCUCUUUCUCCUACCCCUUCUCAUCUCUCUCUCCGCAUUCUCUCGCUCUCCCCCCUCUCUCGCUCUCCCGCCCUUCUCUCGCUCUCUCCCCCCUCUCUCUCUCCCCCCCUCUCUCUCUCCCCCUCUCUCUCUUUCUCUCGCUCUCCGCCAAUUCUCUCGGCUCUCCCCCCUUCUCGCUCUCCGCCCUUCUCUCACUCCCCCAUCUCCCCUUCUCUCUCUCUCUCUCGCUCCCCCACCUCCCCUUCUCUCUCUCUCCCCAUCUCCCCUUCUCUCGCUCUCUCUCCCCUUCGCUCCCCCCCCUCUCCCGUUGUGCUGUGUCACUCAUAUCCAGAUCACAUGUCAUGUGGAACCUCUCCAGGACUUCCUGGAAGUGAAUAGGAAUCAUACUAGCCAAACCCCAUGUCAACCUGUAGAACCUAUGCAGAUCAGAGAGAAUUUGAUUUGUAUAAGCAGUAUGGUGAAACUUCCACCUAGCCUAUCAGAGGACAAGCACUCCUGUUACACUUUGGUUUAUUUUUGGUCUGACCCAGUUACGCGUUUACUAUAAGUCAUGUUGACAAACAUUUAUUUCUGUGAGUUUUUAAAUUAGAAGUAGUAAAUCAAAUUCGAAUCAAAUUUUGUCCCAUGCGCCGAAUACAACAGGUGUAGACCUUACCGUGAAAUGCUUACUUGCAAGCCCUUAACCAACAAUGCAGUUUUAAGAAAAUAGAGUUGACUAAAUAAACAAAAGUAAAAAAUAUUUUAAAAAUAACAAUAAUGAGGUUAUAUACAGGGGGUACCGGUGCCGAGUCAAUGUGCGGGGGUACAGGUUAGUCGAGGUAAUUUGUACAUGUAGGUAGGGGUAAAGUAGGUCUUAUUUUUACCAGCACCAUUUUAGGUUUACGUCGACAUCAACAGGUUGACAUAUUUCAGAAAUCUUACUUUGCAGAAAUAUCCUAGCCUGUAUUCCACAAAGCAGGAUCAAUGAGCCAACCAGCUGACUUUGAUAGACACUGCCUGGUGCUGCUUUCUGAAACCCAACCCUGUUUGUGUCUUUUGUAGGACCAUCCUUCUGAGUGUGAUCUCUCUGCUGAAUGAGCCCAACACCUCCUCCCCGGCGAACGUGGACGCCUCCGUCAUGUACCGCAAGUGGAGGGACAGCAAGGACAAGGACAGAGAGUACGCCGAGAUCAUCAGGUAUGUAAACACACACACACACACAUAUAUAUAUAUAUAUAUAUAUAUAUAUAUAUAUAUAUAUACAUGCACACACAACAAGGACAGAGAGUAGCAAGGACAGAGAGUACAGCACACACACUUAUUCAGCCCCUCUAUCGCUGUGUGUUUCUCAGGAAGCAGGUAUUGGCCACUAAGGCUGAAGCGGAGCGCGACGGGGUGAAGGUCCCCACGACACUGGCCGAAUACUGCGUCCGCACUCGCGCCCCGCCCCCCGACGAGGGCUCCGACCUCUUCUACGACGAUUACUAUGAUGACGAGGAUCUGGAGGAUGAGGACGAGGACGACUGCUGCUAUGAUGAAGACGACUCGGGGACGGAGGAGUCAUGA